AUGUUUGUCCUGUUAGUGUAACUAUGUGCGUCGUCAACGGUGUCAACAUUUGUUAUACCAACAAUAAUUCGUUCGAUUAAUAUAUUUUGCCAAUUAGGUAGUAUUAUUUAUUUUUUCAUUUAUUGUUUAUCUACUGUUCAAGCGGUUUUUUGUCGUUUGCAUUUUCUCAUAUGUUUUUUAAUUAUAGACAAUAUGGAACAAAUAGUCAAGAUUUUUGUACACCAAAGUUACUUCAUAGAAAAUGAUUUGGUUGUUGACUAUAAUGUGGAACAAGAAGCUCUUAUUAAUGUAUCCCCUAAAGAUUGGAUAGCAUUAAUACCUAAAGGGUGGUCUGGAGUCGAUGAACAAGUUGCUUAUAAAACUAUUGAUAGUGAUUGUGAUGUGGCAAAUUUAGCAAUUAAAUCAGUUAUAAUGGAAAAAAAGUGUUUCCAAGAUGUUGUUGAGUGUGGGAAACAUUAUCAACUUAUGUAUAUUAGUCAAUAUUUAGAGAUAUUAGGAAGAAGUGAAUACUUUACUUUUCUUCAUCAAUCUGGAACUUGCAACUGUAUUUCUUCCUCAAUACAAAAUGAAACUAAAGAUAAUUUUAAGCAAAGUAGAUUAUCUUCAACCUCUAGCAGCAACAAACCAUUACGUAGACAAUCGCCAACACCACGUUCAUUUUAUAAAAAUCGACCUCAAUCUCAAAAUAGUAUUGGAAAAAGUGAUAAAUUAAAAUCAAAACAAUGGCCAGCAAAUAAAUGUAUUAAAUGUAAUGCACCAACCAAUUUUUCAGCACUUGAAAGUGCAUAUCUUGCAAAAAUUCAAGAUUUAACUACAAAUAAUGAAGUAAUGGAGCAACGUUUAUUGACAUUUGAAAAAGAUUUGGUUCAUACAUUGGAAGUAGUUAAUAAACAAUUUAAAUUAAGCACAGCCAUUUCACAACAAAAACGUGAUAUUCAAAAAUUCAUUGAUGAUUUAGUUGAUGGCUUAGUUAAUGACGGCAAGAUAACAUUUUGGGCUCAUGAUCAAGAAUUUUCAGUUGUAAGAGAAUUUCCAGAAAAACAAAGUUCUCCUCUAGUAGAUGAUGACUGCACUUUAUCUAUUAAUAAGUCAUUAAAUUCGUCUAAAGAGGUUUAUAUGAAGGCUAUUAUUGGCCAACAAGAGGAAACUAUUCAACAUCUUGUUGAUAAAAUAAAGGAUUUGUUUGAUCUUUUCCUUAAAGUAAACUCGCAGACAAAUGAACAAAAUAAGUCAGAUUCAACUUCAUCUGAAAGUAAAAUAAAUAAUAUUGGUUAUAUGGAUAGUUCAGGAACUACUUAUUUUUCUCCUCCGUCAUAUAUUACUAAUACUUUGAACGAUAUAAAUUUGUGUUUGGUCAAUUCUGUAAACUAUGAUAAUAGAAUUGAAAAAAUUGAGACUAAUGAAAAUUUUAGUAACUGGACAAAUAACACUUUUUCUGGCAGUGAAUUUCCUGUUAAUCAAGAAUCAAAUGUGACACCGACAUUAAGUAACGAAGUCAAAGACAAAAUAUUGACCUUUGAAGAUUGGAAAAAAGAAAAUAACAAAUUUACAUUGUGUACUCAAUCAUCUGAGAACUAUACCAAUGAAAAAACAAAUGAAUUAGACAUUAAACAAUAAAUAGGACGCAAUUGAUGAUUUGAAAGAAAAUAAUAAUUCUUCUUAUAUGUUUCUUGAAAUCGUCAAUUUUAUAAUUUUAUAUGUUAUGAUACUGGAGUUCAGUUACUUUUGGAUUUUUUUUUUACAUUUUCUUUUCAUUAUUCAUCAAUAAUAUAUGGUUCAUAGUUAUGUUAUUUUUCAUCUUAUUUUUUUUUUCGUAUAACCCAAAAUUGUAAUUCCAUAAGUAAAUAUGUUUUUUUUUCUAUCAUUUAA